UGAGACUCCCCAGUGGGUAAUUGAGAGAAACAGUUGAAGGUGCUGUGAAUUUUAGUGAAAUACCGAGGAAAACAUUCCAUCUGCAUCCGACCUUCGUCUAACCACAGCCUGAACUCUCCACUCACUCCAUAAAAAGAGAAUUAACGAACAAAUAGAUGAGUUGUGACGUCAUCAGAGCUUGAUUAUGCUGAUUUGGGUGUCAAAUUUCACUGGGAUGAGGUGGUGAAGGUAGAGGGUGGAGAAGUGAAUGAUUUUGCCGGUAUUUUGUGGGUGAAACGAGUGGGUGUCACUCGGUGGAGAUUUUUGGAUGGAUAAUUAGGUGGGAAUUGUGGAGAAAUCUUGAAAGUGCUGAGAUCCUGAACUGGCUGUCACCUCAUUGCACGUCGACGAUCUCGGUGCAAUGCCAUACCAUCGUAGUGGUCAUCCAGGUGCAGUAGCAGUCUCCUACAGUGCCAAUACAAUGGCACCACUGUCACCAAGUCGAAGAUACUCAAGUACAAACAGUACAACAACAACGUCUGGAAUUGGUAGUUCAACGACAACCACUAAAUUCAAUUCAUUUCGCUCGCCAAUGGGUACGUUGGAGCGGAGUUACACUACAACGACGACAUCGAGCUAUCGAUUGCCAACGAGGAGAAUCCAGUGUUCUCCAUCUAGAUCAGUCUCGUUGUACAGCGACACAAGUUCAGUCGUCUCACUGUCGGCGGCCAGUAUUCCAAAGUACUCAUCAGCUGGCAAUUCAUCAGCCUCAUCAACAGGAUCAUCAGCCUCUAGUACUCGUGAACGGGCAACAACACCAGCAUCGAGACUAACACCCGACGAAUUUUAUCAGAAAUACUCACCGUCAAGUUACGUACCAAAUAUUUCAAGUAAUCGAGAGACAACACCAGUUAAUGGCCACUGUAGAGUCUCGUAUACACCAUUGUUAGCUGAGCUUUACGGUGGUGAUGAGAGGGACUCGAUAAGCACUGACAGAUGGUCAAGUCAGGCUAAACGUCGUACACCAUUGGCCAGUGGAUUGCUUGGUCGUGAUGAUGUUGAUUAUUCCAAGGGACAUUACGAGGUAACAAAGACCCAAAAGUGUAAUGAACGUAGUGAUAUUAAUCAGUCGAUUAAUGAGAGUGAUAGUAAUGCUAAUAACAAUCAUGGUGAUUUUAAUGUUAACUGUAAUGAUGUGAAAUUUGAUGAUAACAAAAAGCAAGAGGUCUCGUCGACUUCUUUAUUAUCAGCAAGUGAUUCUGGAUGGUGUGGUGGUGAGGAGGCAGCAUCUGAUGGAAAAAAUCUAACAGCUACUAAUAAUCGAGCUUGGAAAGACAAGAGUGAUGGUGGUAAUGCUCUGGUGACUAACAAUAAUGCACAGGAGUGUUGUAAACGAUUGAACGAGGUGGAUACGAGGGAGGGACGGAAGGGCCAGUGGACAGCUAAUGGAAGUGAGGGACAUGGGGAGGGGGCCAAUGGGGUGCUGGAGGAGGUGGUGAAUUCUUAUGGGAGAAGUGGUGAGAACGGCUUCAGGGUGACUGGGAGACCGGCUGGGAGCCAUGGGGAGGAUUCCUCAAAACCGUCCACGUCGAGGAGGAAUAAUAUUUUUGGAUGGAAUGAUGGACUUGGGGAGGAGGUUGGAGGGGGCAGCGGUACCGGGAAGAGUGGGCCUGUUGGGGUGCAUCAGGCGGUUUAUCGGGGACUCGGAGAUUCUAUUGAGGAGAGCUCGACCAAGCCGGUCAGGAGUAGAGCCACUGGGAGGAGGGACGAGGGGUAUGGGCUCAAUGGGUUGAGGAAUAUUGGAAAUACAUGUUUCAUGAACAGCGUCAUCCAAUGCCUGAGCAACACUCGACCUCUCCUCGAGUAUCUACGAAACGACCAGUACUUAAGCGAUAUAAACAUAACGACAUCCAGUAUGAAAGGUGCCCUGAUAAAAUCCUUUGCCCAGGUAAUUUGUGAACUUUGGGAGGACAGUGGUGAGAGGGCUGUCAAUACAACAGCUCUCAAGAGCCAGAUACAGAGAUUUGCUCCAAGAUUCAUGGGGUAUGCGCAGCAAGAUGCUCAAGAGUUCCUCAGGUAUUUGUUGGAGGGACUUCACGAGGAUGUCAACAGAGUGACUGUCAAGCCAACGCCGAUAUUAACUGACAUAUCGGAUCAUUACUCGGACAGUCUCAAGGCAACUGAGAGCUGGAAACGUUACCUCCGUAGUGAGGACAGCACGAUUGUGGAUGUUUUCGUUGGACAAUUACGUUCCUCCUUGACUUGCACCACCUGCGAUCACGUAUCAGUGACACUUGACCCAUUCUGGGAUCUCAGUCUCCCAAUACCAGCGCGAACUGGUGUUGUCAAGCUCAAUCAGUGUCUGGAGCACUUCACCAAGGCCGAGGUGAUGGAUGGAGAUGAAAAACCGACGUGCUCCAAGUGUCAGAUGAGAAGAAAAUGCACCAAGAGUUUUGCUAUCCAGAAGUUCCCGAAGAUUCUUGUCAUUCAUUUGAAGAGAUUCUCACCCACCGAGAGAUUCCGUGCAAAACUAAGUGUCCUAGUUGAUUUUCCCCUGACAGGUUUGGAUCUCAGUGCCUUUGCUGCCCCAGAUGUACAGGGCUGCACCUAUAAUCUGUAUGGUGUUGCUAAUCACUCUGGUACACCUUACUCUGGCCACUAUACUGCCUAUUGCAAGCAUCCAUAUACCGGCGAGUGGCACGAGUACAACGACAGUCGUAUAUCACCAGUAUCAGUCAGUUCUGUUAUAUCUAGUGAAGCCUACGUACUGUUCUAUGAGCAACAGCAGCCCAAUUCACAUUUGUAACAAAACGCCAGACAUAGUUGCAUGUAAAAAGAAGGACGAGAGAGAAACAAAAAAGAGAAAAAGGAUAAAUUAACGAAUAAAAAAAUAACGAAGGAACCAGCAUUGCCUAGUGGAGUUGGGGGAGGGUGGGACUAAAUGGGGCACUUGAAUUUGAUUUAUAAUGUUCAUAAUUCGAGCUCUGAAUUUCUCUUGUCACGACAGGGAGCAGAUUUUUGUUGGAGGAAAAAUUUUAUUUUAUUGGAGAAUCGAAGGGCGUUGACUUUUGGAUUGAAAAAAAAAAAUUUCAAGUCGCCAUUUUAUCUUACUCACCCCUUUACCGACUCGACUGCGAGGCGAGUCAGUAGAUUUAAGGGAAAAGGAGCAGCUUGACAGCCAAUGGUCAUGUUUAAAUUGCACUCGUAAUUUAAUUCAUUAAAUUUCGUCACCAAAUCAUUCACGAAGAUUUAACCCUUGUAUUUAUCUUCUUUUGUAUUGUAUUAAUUUAAUAUUUAUGAAAUUCCAAUUUAAUAAUCUCGAAUUGUUGACUAUUUCACGUGAAAUAAUUAUCUCUCAUCGAGUGUGCAUUCAAUUUUAACGAUCAUUGUUUUUAUUAUUUAUUUGACUGAGUGACAUCAAUCGCCUUCACGUAUGUUUUCAAUUUUUUCUCUUGCUCACGAGGGAGCGAAACACAAAUGAAAUCGUCUCGUUGUUGGUUUGUUAUUUUCACAAAUCUCGGGCUGGGGCUGCGGAUGUCCGGUUAUACUGUUCUCGAGGAGAUUAAAAUACCAAAAUUUCUAGUGAUGGAUGCAAUUAAUCAACAGAGAUUUAAUAACCUGGUAACACAUACCUGUGGCUAUAUUUACUUUUGUAAAAUAUUUUUGUUUAAUCGAUUAAAGAGAACGAGUCAAGAGUUAUUUAUUUAAUUUAUUAUAUGUGGGAGGAUAAACAAAAUGAGAGAGUUAAGGUUACAAAGUAAAUUUACAUAAAUUCAGAUAUUAAUAUAUACGAUAUUUACGUCAAAAUGCAAAUAUAUAUUAUUAUACAUAAACGGAGAAUAAAAAUAAAAGUAACAGACAGACAUAA